AUGGGAUUUUCGAGGGAAAGUCCGUCGAAAAUGUUUCCAGCAAGCCAAUUUCCAUCGGAAAUUCGCUGGGUAAUGCAUGAUUGGGGAGACGAAGAUUGUGUUAAGAUCUUGACGAACUGUAGAAAGGCGAUACCGGAGAAAACUGGAAAAGUGAUCAUAGUUGAUGCAGUGUUGAAGUCGGAGGGUGAGGGUUUAUUCGACGACAUGGGAUUUAUACUUGAUUUGCUUAUGAUAGCGCACAGCAGUGGUGGGAAAGAAAGGAGUGAAAAUGAAUGGAAAAUAUUGUUAAAAGAAGCUGGAUUUCCAGUUUUCCACGUUAUAAUAUUAUUGAGAUUCCUGCUUGGCCUUCUAGUAUUGAAGCCUAUGCACAGUGAUUUAUAG